UGGUAUUUACUUCCUGAGAAGAUGGCUUAGUGUUCUUCCAGCCAGCAGGGAAGGACAAUGUGCCCCCAUGAGUCCUCUGUGACCGGGACAUUACUCUGGAACGCAGCUCUUCUCGGGUACAGGCCAUUCCCUCCAGUCAGCAAUAAAGGGCUCCACUGCCUGCCAGCUCACAAAGCCUUGUGGCUCACUGUCCCACGGCCACAUGGAACAACUCCUCUGGCCACGGGCCCUACUCCUGGUGGCCCUGCUGUUUCCAGGGCUGUGUGAGGCCAGGCAUGAAAGCCAGGGAGGCACCGAGGGCAUCAGGGCACCAAGGGAUGAAGCCCUCAGACCUGGAACCAAUGAUUCUCGGGGGCUUCACCACCCAGGAAAGCGCUACCUUGUGCCACUCACCCCCCGGGUGGUGGACUAUGGAUCAGGUUUCAAAGUUGUCAACUGCAGGAAAAGCGAAGGGCUUUGUCAAGAAUAUUGUAAUUAUAUGGAAAUACAACUGGGCUACUGCUCUAAAAGAAAGGAUGCCUGCUGUUUACCUCAGAACUGAGGCUGCUGACACAGAAGCCAGAGGGUGGUCCACCUGCUGUCCUCAUGGGCCAUGGAAAAGACCCAGGUGCAAGUUGUCUGGGGAAGGAUCUGAGCAGAGAGGAGCUGAGCAUUGUCACCUGGGCCAGGAAGUCUAAAUAUAUUAUUGUAGAAAAAAAAAAGAUAAAAAUGGGCUACACAUAAUCUUAUAGACAUGAUCUUAGAGAAAGUGACUUGGCUAGAUAUAAAUAAAAUCACACAAUUUUUGGUAGUGAUGUGGAUGUAAUAAACUUUAUAGUCAAAGCAUUCAAGGAA